UAUUGUUUAGAUAACUGUCAAGAUUGCAAUCGAUUUAAUUUCAUAGUAGUGGACACGAAUAGUCGCUAAUCGGAAUCUCGGUUUCUCGUUAUAUUUUCAUCAGUUUUGUUAAGUGGACAACCCUAACAGAAACGUCUUGUUCCGUUUUGUUUAGAAAAUUUUAGAGGAAGAUAAAUUGUUUUAAAAUGGAAGCAGCAACGGAAGAUACUCAAAAAGAAAGCACAGAAAAUGUGCAAUCUAACAAUACCGCUACUGAAUCAACACCAACACCACCGCUUGAAGUAAAGAAAGGUAAACGAGAUGACCGUAGCAGACGAGAUGACAAAAACGUAGAGCAGUUUAUGAAAUCGUUGAACUCGGUACCAACGCUUGAGGAGAAACUGUCUCUAGUUUGUAAGAAAUAUGUUCAAACUGCGGACGAUAAUAAAAAGAUGCAGUUUUACAUUAAGCAGUCGGACAAACGUCACGCAAUGCUGUUGAAGGAGAAAGAACAACUGCAAUUAGAGUUCAAUAAGACUAUUCUCGUUAAAUCCAAGUUGGAAAAUCUCUGCAGGGAAUUACAGAAACAGAAUAAGGCUAUUAAGGAGGAAUCUCUACUAAAAAUCCGCGAAGAGGAGGAACGUCGCAAGGAGACGCAGGCCAAGUUCCAGAACACCCUGACGGAGAUCACAGCCAUGCUGCAGCAGAACAAUGAGAAGAAUGCCAAGCUCCGGGACGAUAACAUCAGCAUGAGCGAGAAGUUCAAGUCUGUUGUGCAGCAGUACCAGCUUAGAGAACAGCAGGUAGAUAAAAUGGCGAAACAGAUGGCAUUAGAAUCUCAACUAUCGGACGCGAAGAUGCAGAAGGCUAGUCUGGAGCACCAGGCGGACAAGGAGAGACUGCUGGCGGAGAUGGAGCAGGUGAAGGUGACGCUCGCGCAGUACAGGGCCAAGAUCAUGGAGCUGCAGGGAACCGAGACCAGUUUGCGUAGUCAGUUAGCAGUGUACACGGAUAAAUAUGACGAGUUCCAAAAUGCAUUGGUGAAGAGCAAUAAGAUGUUCACCGGCUUUAAGGAACAAAUGGAGAUGAUGUCAAAGAAGAUCAAGAAGUUGGAGAAGGAGUCUCUGUCGUGGAAGACGCGUUGGGAGACAUCGCAGACGGCCCUACUGGACAUGUGCGCGGAGAGACAGGCCGCCACCGAGCGCGCCGCCGCCUCCGCCAGGCAACUGCACCAUAUGCAGAGCCUCUGUCGCACCUUACAGGCGGAGCGUACAGUCCUGCUGGGCACGCUGAAGGACAACAACAUCGAGCGGCCGGCGCUGCCCGCGCUGCCGCCGCUGCCGCCGCCCGCGCCCGCACCCGUCGCGCAGCAACCCGCCUCCAACGCCAAGGUUGACGCGAUGGCCGCCAACUGUGCUCAACUACGCCAGAGUCUCGCACACCUACAAACUCAACUUAACACGCUGACAAACAAACAGAAAGAAGAAUCGCCCGCACCUGAGAAAGUAGAGAAACCAGAAAAAUCUAAGAAAUCCAAAUCUAAGAAGAAUAAGGCAGAGAAAGCUAAGGCUGAAGCGGAAAAGGCAGCUGCAGCUAAAGAAACAGAGAGUAAUGAGGAGGUAGAGAGUAGUGAGACAACCGCUAAAGUAGAAAACGUAGAGGAAAUUCAACCUAGUGCCAAUGAAGAUACGACUGAUCUUGAUACCGACAAGGUUGAUGAGAAAACACUAGAGAAUCUAAUACAGGCGAUAAACAAUGCUAAUAUCAACCUUUGUGACUUAGAAGUGGUUAGUGAUGAAAUUUUAGAGGUAACGUCACAGGAGAAUUCAGAAGAGAAUUCGGAAAAAGUAGAGAUUAAAGAAAUCGAGGCGCAGACAGUGGAAGCGAAAGAAUCGACGUCGAAUGAGAGUCCAGCGGCGUCACCAGUAAAGGAGUCACCAGUAAAAGAGCCUUCGAGUGAAAGUGGGGAAGUCGCAAAUGUAGAAGUAGAAACAGUCAUAGAAACUAACAUUAAUGACGUCAAUGAAGUAUUAUCUAAGUUUUUAAAUGAAGUACAAGAAGUGACUGCAGUGAACGGAUGCGGCGACGCCGACGUAACAGUCGUAGAAACGUCAAAUGAAGAAGUUUCGCAAGUGAACGAAGUGAAACCGAUACCAAGCGACGCAUAAACAAUUUGUGUAAAUAAAUUCUAGUGUUUUGGACUUUUCUACGUUGUUUUAUAGAAUCAAUACAUUUUGGAACAUAUUUUUAUGUUAGUAUCAUACACAUUUGUUAGGGCUGCGACAUUUUCUUAUGUAAUCUAGAUCAUUAAAUUGCCAGUAUUAAGUUUAGUAUCAAGCAGUGUAUGUAGAAUAUUCAAUAUGGUUUCAAUAAAUUAAUAUAUCAAUUA